GGUGGCGGCGGCGGGCGCGCUGCCGGGCCAGCCCGGUACAGCCCGGCGACCCGGGAGCUGCUGAGAGCAAUGAUGGAGGAGUCGAAGCUGACGCGUUUCCAGAGGCGAUACCUGAUGGACUGCGUGAAACGAGGAGAUACCCUGCCCCUCCAGUGCCACCCCACAUCCAGCAAAGAGCCAGUGCCUGCAGUGCCUGCUUUCUCCCCACCAGUUUGUCAGCCAAGCAGGCUUUCAGCUAAACCCCAUCUCCGACCUGCCAAGGUCUGCCAGGCAGGAGAUGCCUACACCCGAGAGAAAUUCAAGCCACGGGCAAGGCGAGAUUUGGAAAAGGAGAAGCAAAGGCUCCAGAACAAAUUAGCAACAGGGAAGGAUGUGGUGGAGCGCAAGGUGAAGCAGACACUGGUUCAGACAAAGGAAGAGGAGAUACCCGAGCCUGACCGGUUUGAAGAAUUGGUGAAUGAAGUUCAGGAGAGGAAGGAGUUCCUGGCAGAGAUGGAAGCUCUAGGACAGGGCAAAAAGUAUCGAAGAAUUGUCCUCACUGAAAUCUCACAGAAAAUGCGUGAGAUGGAGAUCAUUGACAAGAAGAGAAGUGAGGAAAUGAGGGAGAUCAUAACAAAAGACAUCCCUGGUGGGAACAAAUCCGAUCCCCACGACUAGGUCAAGGG